UAAUUUUUAUAGUGAGGCACUCCAUCACUUCUACAAGCCUUGUCAUCAUCAUCUUCAAAUUUAAACACUUGUAUGACACCAAGAACAAUGAGAUUAUGCUAAAACCUUAUUCAUAAUCAUAGUAGAUUCUUCUCUCUACCCAUAAAGAUUUUCCCUGGGAAUGAUCCUCGUGUAAAUAGAAAAGCCCACACACGCAAUACCCGGCCCAGCCCAAAAUAUCCAGUGCCCAUGCCACAAAUGGCCUCCCCUCACAACAGCCGGGCCCAAACACCUCGCCGGGUUCAUCCCAACCCCAGCGUACCCUUUCGCCCCCGUCACCGUCGUCGAAAUGAAAACAAUCAAGCCCACCACAAGCCCAAUUAUCGAAAACACCACGACCCGGCCCAACGCCCUGGCCUGCCGCCCGUCGAACGCCAUCCAUAUCGACGCGUACAGAAAUAUAAACGUACAUAUAAUCUCCAGCCACAGGGCCUGACUCGUCUCAAGCCCAACCACAACGGGCCCGUUUGGGCCCGGAGCGACCACGUUGAGCGUGCAUCCGCCGAGCGAAAACGUGUCCUCGAUUGCGCCGCUCACCACGGCCUUCAGGGCCAGGGCCCCCAGCACCGCGCCGGCGCAUUGGGCCGCGAUGUAGAUGGCGGCCCGCGAGACGGACACCAGGCCCGUGAACAUGGCGGCGACGGUGAUCACCGGGUUGAGGUGGCCGCCGGAGAUCGGGAACGUGGCGAGGAGGAGGAUCGUGACGAUGCCGCCGAUGACGACCGACAUUACCAGGUUGGGCGUUUCGGUCUUGGUCUCGUAGGAGGAAAUGACGAUCGUGUCCAUCGCGAAGACCAGCACCGCCGUGCCGACGAGCUCCGCCACCGAGGCUCGCCAUAC